CUGAAAUUCGCAGAGAGGAAAGCAGACAAAAAGUGAUGUUGGGAACCCAAAAUUCCUCCAAAAAUCUUGAGAACUCAGCCCUAGUUGCACGAGGAACCCAAUCCAACAACAACCACCAAACGAAGAAGAAUCGUCCAUGGUGCGACCAUUGUAGAAAACCUGGACACACGAAAGAGACUUGCUGGCAUCUACACGGUAAACCUGCUGAUUGGAAACCUUCUCGGCCACAGCAAAACAGAGAAGGUCGGGGUUACACCGCUACAGCCGAAGAAGACACAUUUGGCACUAGCUCAAAUCCUGGACCGUUUAGCAAAGAGCAAUUGGAGGCACUACAGAAAAUGUUCCAACAGACUCUUCAAUCAACUGGAACAACUAUUGGUACCGCAUCUGUAGCCCAGAAAGGCCUUGAACUCUGGGAAGAGGAUUGGCAAUGCUGAGGUGCGUGCUGGACUUUACCUUUUGAGAGCUGAGGAAAUUCGAAGGCUACCAAUGAAGACUGCUUGUGUAGUUUCCAACCCUAGUACCAAGACAGAUAGUGUUGUUAUGUUAUGGCACUACCGAUUAGGUCACCCAAAAUUUUCCUAUCUUGAAAAACUAUAUCCAUCAUUAUUCAAUAAAAAUUCCAAAAAUUUUCAAUGCGAAAUAUGUCAAUUGUCCAAACAUACUUGCAACUCCUAUUCCAUUCAACCAUACAAACCAUCUCAUCCUUUUUCCUUGAUUCACAGUGAUGUUUGGGGGGCCUCUAGAAUCAACAACAUUGCAGGUUCUAGAUGGUUUGUCACCUUUGUUGAUGACCACACUUGAGUGACUUGGGUAUUCCUUAUGAAGAAGAAAUCAGAAGUGAGGGAAAUAUUUGAAAACUUCAACAACAUGGUUCAGACACAGUUUCAGGCAAAAAUUCAAGUCCUUCGGACAGAUAAUGCUCGAGAAUACUAUCACAACAUUCUUGGGUCAUAUCUUCUGGAGAAUGGCAUCGUACAUCAAAGCUCGUGCAUUGAUACUCCACAGCAAAAUGGAGUUGCAGAAAGGAAAAAUAGACA